GCCCGAGACUGCUGCGCCCUCUGCCGCGCCUGCAGGAGGACAACGGCUUGGUCUAGGCCUUGGACCUUAUCCACAAAUGCCGGCACUGGGUCAAGGGUUUGCUCAUCUGGGACGGCCCAAGGAUGCGGCCGUCAAGGCAGCAGCAUCCCUCUUGGGGCCACCCCCAAAGACGCAGAAGAAGCCCGCAGUCCCUGCUCUACCGGAGGAGGUUGCUCGAGACGAGCCACAAGACCCUUUCCAACAAGCGGCGGACCCCAUGUUGGCAGCGCUGUCCCUGCAGAGCACUGCAUUGACCAGCCUGGUGGCGCACCUUGCGGGCCACUCGACAGACCCGCUGAUAGACCUGCAAGGAGGAAGCAUCAGCUCCAGUUCGUCCUCAACCCGGGGGGUCGCCAGGCGGGAGAAGAUGCAAAGCGACCUGGCACUCAGACAGAGCAAUUACUGGCUCGCCUUCCUUCAGCAGCUGUCAAGGAGGAUGAACCCCUCUCGCCCGGUGCCUACCUCCACAGAUAUGGCAAAAGAUUCCGAUCUUUCGUUCCUGGCCUAUCUGGAGAGGCACGGUGCCUACAAGCAGUCGAAGGAGAUCGGCACCAUUCUCUGGGUGCUUGGGUAUAUCGUCGAUGCUGCAAUUGCGCAAGACUUCGAUGGUGUCAGAGAACACCUUGCCCUCUUCGCCACGGCUCUGGAUCAGGCGGCCUUGGACCAAGGAUGGUCAACAGCAUUCCUGGUAACUUUGGCCGAGGAGCCACCAUUGCAUGGGGGGGCCGUGUUGCUGGCCUACCUGAAGGACCUGGAUAUCAUGAACUCCAAGAAGCAGGAGAGUCCAUCCAAGAAGGCGGGGGCGUCAGCCAGCCAAGAAACCAAGGAGGGCGAUUCACCGAAGAAAAGGCCUCGCUUCCCCAAAAAAGCCAAAGGGAGGCGGUGGCCAAGCAGCUCAGUGAAGGCUAUGCGUGUGUCUCCUCCACCACGUGACAUACAGUCAUCGCCACGGGAGGAGGGGAGAGAUCAGAAUUCAUGGAGAGGCCAGCCUGAUGAUCACGCCGGCCAACCACAGCCCAGCAAGUUCAACCAUGAAGCAAAAUUCGAUGCACUUCAGCAGCAUAUGUCGCUCCCGAAGUGGUGCGCGUGUUUGACAUCGGCUGUACUCAGGACGAGGACACCCUUUGCUGCUUUUCUUGCCCGUACGUUCCAUCUGCCUCGCACCUCCCAGAGACCGCCGGUCGAUGCGAGCGAGCUAGAACAAUUUGAUGCCUUCUCGGCGUACCUCCUACGCCAGGCGAAGUCCAGAUACCACAGAGGUCUUCACGGAGACCGUUUAGGCCUGAAAGGUCAGCAUCUUGCAAAGGGCCAGCCGCAGAAGCUUUUCGUUGCUUUUAGAUCGAUCCUCCAGGGAGACCACACAGGGGUUGAUGUAGCUACUAGUGCACACCUGUCGCUGUUGAAAGGCGUAGGCCUCCUUGAUGAGAAGUCUAGGUUACAAAGUUGUACUCCCCUUUUUGAUCAGUCAAACUGCGAAGGACUUUGUAUUGACGACUAUUUUGCAAUGAGCCUUGAGACCCUGGGCACGCCGUUGCAGGCCUCGGGUGCAAAGCUGAAGAUCGAUCGGGCCCUUGAGGCCUAUCAGCAGGCUGGGAUUCUGGGAAGUCCUGAGAAGGACGUGCUGGCCGAUAAGGCAAAGAUUGUUGGGGCCGUAUGCAACUCAAGUGCGGAGGCCCGCACCCAGGGUGUUGUUACCUUAGGCGCCCCUAUUGAGAAGCGUAUUGCACUUUCAGUCAUCAGUCUGCAGCUGUGCACCUUGACGCACACCACAGACGUCUUACAUGUGUGUUUGACCGGGGGUUGGGCGUCAGCCUUCAUGUUCCGCAGGCCUCUCAUGGGCCUUUUGCAUAGGGUUUACGAUCUUGUGCAGGGUUCAGUAGUGGACCCUAACCGCCCAAAGAUUUGUCGCCUGCCUAGGUCGGUUGCCAACGAGUUUGUCCUUGCGGCAAUCCUGAUGCCGCUUGCGAGCUCAGACUUGAGCGCCGAUUUCAACACACUGCUGUACUGUAGUGACGCCUCCAGCAGGAUGGGCGCCUUUUGCUCAGCAUCGAUUCCUAGAGACCUGUCGUCGGUGAUUUGGAAAGCAUGUAAAUCUAAGGGGGCUUACACGAGGCUCCUUUCGCAGGUUGAGUCGGACAUCAAACGCAUCGGAGGUUCCGAGUCAUUUGAAGACGAGCUUGAAACGGCAGCGCAGCCGGUUAAUGUCCGUAGGCCGUUGGCCUAUCGUUUCGCGUUCGUCGAGCUGUUUGCGGGGUCCUCAAAGGUCACGGAACAGAUGUCUCAACUCGGGUGGUCAGUAGGCCCGCCCAUCGACCUGAGCUUCAGUCCGGAAUAUGACCUCUCGGCGGUUCAUGGUCAGUACACAAAGUCCAGCGCCAUGUAUACAGAGGACCUCGCACGAAACCUUGCUCUGGCGCUCCAUGAUGCCAUUUUGGCAAAGAGGGCCCUCGACGAGGACUGGGACGGAGCCCCUUCCGCGGGACUUGAAAGCCUUCUGGUAAAUCAGCUUGCUCUGGAAGCGCCUUGGCAGACUGAGAAGAAAUGGACCUUCAAAGGAGCCUCGCACAUUAAUAUUCAGGAGUCUGUCUCGGUCCUCAGAGCGAUUGAGCAUGCAUCAAGGAAAGGCUCCCCCCAGAGGACCUCCAUUCUCGUCGAUUCGAACGUCGUUAGAUGUGCGGUUUCAAAAGGACGAACAUCGUCCAGAGGCCUCAUGCCGAUUUUAGCUAAGAUCAAUGCAGUUUCCUUAGCCGCAGGCCAGUACCUGUGUCUGCCCUUUUGUCCUACUCGUCUGAACCCUUCAGACGACCCCACUCGUGGUGUUGAACUUAGAUCCCCAGUGCGCGAAGGUGCCACUCUCAGACUGAGCCUCUCGGAGUGGGAGGACAUGGCAAGCCAUAAGGGUCUUAGGAGCACAGCCGCCAACUGGUUGCGUUUUGUAGUUUUGGUGGGCGGGACCCAUCUGUUGAGCCUCAGAGAUCAGAGUUCGUUUAGGCAGCCGCCUGUGUGGGAAUAUAGAUCCUUCCUCAACCGCGCUUUCCCUCGAGAGUUUGAUAGCACACUCGGCUUCCCAGGUGAGGGCCCUCUGCUACUUCUCCUCUGGAUUUUUGUUGCUUCUCCCCUGUCUUCAUCCUUCCUGGGCGGGCGAGGCACUCCUCCCUUUUGGAUUUCAGGAGCCAUUUUGGGGGGGACGCGAUGCGCCAUGGCAGUGACGAUAGAACCCCGGAACCCGGGAGACCAGAGAAGAGCUGACUACCGAAAGAGGAUUGGGCCACUCCCCACUGGCAGACCUGUGCUAAAGGUCACUGAGAAGCGAAGAGAGGUGUUGCUGUCAGCCUUCACGAGGUGGCUGGAAGGACGUGGUGUUGUGGUCGAUGACCUCUUUGUCAACACCUACCAGACUAUAGAGGAAAUCAACACACUGCUGACAGCCUAUGGGCGAGAGCUCCAUCUAGCGGGCCGACCGCUGAAUGAUUUCUCUGAGACGAUAAACUCAAUUUCCAGUUGGAAGCCACAGCUGCGCCGGACCCUUCAGGGCGCCUGGGACCUGGCGUAUAGCUGG